AUGAUGCGAUCGCCGCUCCCUCCGCGAACCCCCCCGGAACCAACUCCUAUCGCAACGCAGGAUAACGCGACCAAACAAGAUGGCCCCAACACGAAAUCCACAAAGGAACUUAUGGACCAUGUCCUUGACUUCCUUUCAACAUCUAGCAAUGAAACCCUCCUUGGCGUAUUUGCGCUCUUAAUGCUCGGCACCUACAUUAUACUCGGACGGGUUGGCUUGCUGCUUAUCGGUGUCAGCUUAGGUGUUGUCCUGCAUGCGUCAUGGGAAGGGACUUCCCAUAGAGGAGGAAACGGGGAAACGUCUUCCAGAAAACGAAAGGAGCUUGCAUUGGAGGUUUCUCAUAGACUCUUGGACUGGCCUCAGCGCUUAGCAUCUGCCACUGUCACUGCCGACUCUAAACCCGACAGCGGUGCCCUAGCGACCUCCCCGGAGAAUCUUUCAGAUGAGGAUCUAGAGUAUUUGACCUUUCGACCGGCUACCGCUGCUGCUCUGAGAUUGCUCACCGAUACAGUCAUUAAGGACUAUGUCAAGUACUGGUAUAAACCGAUUCUACCGAACGAUAUUAUCUUCCCCACCUCCUGCCGAAGAACCUUGACCUAUUUCGUCACGGCCGUAUCAUCGCACCUUUCCCAUAAGAGAACGGAAGACACAUUCCUACAAUUUCUCACGAAUUCCUCGUCUAUAAUUAUUGUGUUUUUUAACGAACUUGCUGCCGCAUUUACGGCUACGGGGUCUUCACCCCAUGAAGCCAAGCAAAUCGUGGAUCAGUAUCUAGAGAAUUCCCCCGACAGCAGUCUCGCAAAUGUUCUGUCCGAGGAGCAACAGCGAAAGAAGCUGAGCAUGAUUGCGGAUGACAUCUUGUCGAAUUAUCUUGAUACGAACUCAUAUCGUUGCUCGCCAGUCCGAGACUUCCUAAGGGAAAUUUUUGCAGGUGUCGUGCUCGAGUCUACAGUCACUAGCCUUUCUCGGCCCGAGUUCAUCAAUGAUUGGAUUAUCUACCUUCUUCAGGAUGGUGAAUCUGAACUUAUGCAUGCUAUCGACGCGGGUGUUGAAGGGGCUCGCAAUCAAGGCGUCGGCGCCGGCGCAUCCAAGACCCAGACCCCGGAGACCAUAAAGACCCCCGCUGAGCCGAAGCAAGAGAAGGCCGCGGAGCGUAAGUCGGAAUCAACGGACCGAGCAACGGAGGAUGCAUUGCUAGAGGCGAAGCGAUUGAGUGCCUUGAUUGCUUCUCAUGAUGAGCAAAGCGUACCCUCCGAUCAAUCAAUACAUUCGGAUCGACCCGAUCGAACGAGUAUUUCGGCUGAACCUGAAUUGGAACCACCGAGUACUACCCCCAAUUCCCAGGAGCAAAGCUCCGCAGCUAUUGAAGGCCAUGCCCCGACCGGAUCGUCCUCGGCGUCCGAGCAGCCCGCGCCCGCGCCCGUGCCCGCUGCUGCACGCCAAUCAGGAGAAGACAACCCGGCUCCCAUGAGUCUGCACGGUGCUCAAGUCCUAGUGGACGACGACUCAGCAACAUCUGAAAGGGGCCCGAUCAAGUCGCGGCCUACAUGGGAUUACCUGUUACAAGUCGAGCCGACGUCUACCCGCUCCAGUGGCUGGAUGGUAUUUAGAAAAUAUGCCGACUUCCAGUCUCUCCAUGAAAUGCUAGAGACAGUUUCACGUUUGAAUAAUAUUCAAAGUUUCUCCAGCAGGUUCCCUGCACUGCCUCCGUGGAAAGGAAAGACAAGGCAAGAGCUUGCUCACGAGCUGGAGCGAUAUCUUCAAGAAGCCGUGAGACAUGAGUCUCUUGCUGACACUGAUCGUAUGCGACGAUUCCUGGAGAAAGAGGUGAAUCCCGGUGAGAAGAGUACUCCCAAGUCUGGGUUCUCGUUCCCUAGUCAGAGCGCCUUUGAAAAUAUGGGUAAAGGGAUGCUAGGUGCUUUGACAAAUGCCCCUAAGGGUGUUGCUGGAGGUGGCCGUGCGAUGUUUGAUGGAGUUACGGGCGUUUUUGGGGGUGGUCAUAAUCGCAAACCGACAAUCUCUGGUGAUCGAUCCACGCAUCAAAAGAGCCCGUCCAAGACAGAACGAGAUCUUACUCUUACCCCUAAGGAGGGUUCGGGCUCUGCCAGUGAUUUGGGCCGGGUCAAUUCUUCGCCGGUGGGCUUAAAUAUCGAUGCUCGCUCUACCUCGGCUAGGUCAAGUGAGGAAGAUAGACCCCGCGUUUCGUCCUCCUCUACUAGCCUAUCUUUGGAUGCAUGGAAGGAAGAGAAGCCUCAAUCGCCAGCACCGAGUGAUAUUGAUAGCAACGUCAACCCAACGAAGAUUGAGCAACACGCAUGGGCCUCGGAGUCAACGCUCGCAUCUUCGGGGGAUGCCAACUCCUCCACAUCAACAGAUCGCGUGGGAAUAGCAGAAGCAGAGAAAAACGAAGAGACCCGUACACCGCAGUCACCAAAGCUUUCAUUGGAGAGUGGCAGUGGCAGUGGUGCCGACGAAGGUGAAAGCUCGGAAAACAUCCACCAUACCCCCCAGCAAUCACGAUCACGGGCCCCCAUCACAGCAGACGAAACACAAAUUGCAGUGGAACUAAUAUUCGCCGUGAUAAACGAGCUCUACACAUUAUCAUCAGCCUGGAACAUCCGACGCACGCUAUUGAACGCGGCAAAAACCUAUAUCCUGCGUCCCGGAAGUCCUACACUAGACACAAUUCGAGACUUGCUCCAGGACUCGAUGAUCGAAAGCCACACCUCGGACGAUGCCCUCGGCGACUACGCGAGAAUGCCCUUCCAACCGAGGAAGAAUUGGCUGCCUGGCCUGCACCCCCGAGCGAGGAGGAAAAGACUCAACUACGGGACAAGGCAAGACGCUUAUUCUGUUAUGGGUGCUGCCGCUAGUCGAGAGGCUCUUGAGAAAAUCUUUGAUAGUCUCCAGGUGGAGACGGUUGCUCGGGGAUUUGUUUUCUCUGUUAUGCUCCAGGGAUUGCGCGUGUUGACUCUCUAG